UUAGCCACGAAUCAAAUCUGCUGUCUGUUGGAGAUUUGCCAAAGCAGUUUGAGAUAGGGGAGCAGUUGUUCAGCUUUAGCCACGGUGACACAGUGUUGGGUGAAGUAGGCGUGACUGAGGGUGAACACAUCGAAAGUGGUGUGUUCAUUAGUAUGAGAAAUGGACUGGAGAGGAUCUUCAGUCAGUAUAGUACAUGUAUUAUGACAAUUUGUGGGAGUAGUUCUGUCAUCAUUUGUGAGGAUGGACGGUUUGCUGUGGUAGACAGUCACUCGCGUUGUGACAUUGGGUUAGUGCAUAGUGAUGGUAAAAGUGUGGUGUUGCAGUUUGAUUGUCUGGAUGAUCUCUAUGGAUACGUCUGUUGUUUGGCAGACAGUCUCAGUUCUAGGCAGAAGCUCUUUGAGCUGUGUGGCGUUAGUGUCAGUGAGGGUGCAAGCCCAAUGCUGUCUUGUGUUUCUAUGGAGAGCUGUAUUACUGAGAUGAGUACUGCUCCAGUGGCAGAGUCUAGUGAUGUUUCUGAGGCGAGGGUAAAACACAUUACCUCAGGCAAUUGUGUGUCUGAGUGUGGUUUUAGUCUAACUGUAAGUCCAGCACUGUCUGGCAUUUCUGUUGUGACUUUAGCCAGUCAGGUGAGCAGUGGUUCAGCGGCAGAGUCAACAGUUAGUGAUGGUAGAAAGCGUAAAAUUUCUUCUCGCACUAGUGUGUUGAAGAAAUUAAAGACAUUUGAUGUUAGUGAGGUUAAUGCAGAUGUAGAAUUUGUUAGUGCUGCGGUAAAUGAGGAGCUGCUCUUCCAACCUCUUAGUGUAGAUGUCUGUAAAGCUUUGUGUAGCAAGUUGAAUAUAGACUUUGGGAAGGUCAGUGGUUCGGUGUCCACAGAGGUGGGGCUGUUAGGGGUCCCAUGUUUAAAUGAGAGGAUUGUGGCUGAUAGUAACUGCUUCUUCAGAGCCAUCGCUCAGGCUGUGAGUGGCUCACAAAAGCACCAUCGCAAGAUUAGGUUAGCUGUUUGUAAGGAGUUAGAAAGAAAUGCAGAUAAGUAUGCAAGUCUUCUGAGAAGUGAGUAUUCAUCUGUUUCAGAGUAUCUUCAGCAGUCCAGGAUGAGAAAUGUGAACAGUUGGGCUACAGAGGUAGAAAUCCAGGUCACAGCAGAUUGGUUAGGAGUUAGUGUGCGUACUUUUUAUGAUGGACGUUGGUUGAAGUACAAGUGUAACACUACGUGUUUGUCAGCAGAGUGUAUUUAUGUAGAGAAUGUCAUGGGACAGCAUUUUGAGAACACUGUUUGUGUGCAUAAGCCUGGACUGCAGAUUUGUUAUAGUUACUGUAAACUUAGUGAUGUGUCAGGUUAUAGCAUUAGGUCGAGAGUGACAGAUGUUGUGGAUAGUGAGAAGUUAGCCGUUGGAUGUAAUGAAUGUGUAGGGUCUGAAGGGGUAGGUUGUAAACCUGUAAAAUCAAAGUAUUUGAGGCAGAAAAAAGGGACACAGGAGAAAAUGAGUAGGUUGCUUAGGGAGACGUAAAGUAAAAUUUAUGAAGAUGUAUCAGGAGAAUGUAUUGUAUAGAGAAAGUGUUAAAGCGAGGAAGGUUAGUAAAUAUACAGAGAACAUCCAGUACAGGCAGAGGAUUAAAACUAUUAGUAAAGCUAAGAGUAUAGUUAAGUAUAGAGAAAGUAUUGAGCACAGGGAGAAAGUUAAAGCGUUGAGUGUUAGUAAAUAUAGAAAAGACAUCCAGCACAGGCAGAUGGUUAAAGAGAUCAGUAAAGCUAAGAGUAUGGCGAAGUAUAGAGAAAGCAUCAAGCACAGGGAGAAAGUUAAAGCGCUGAGUGUUAGUAAAUAUAGAAAAGACAUCCAGCACA